AUGGCCAACAGGAAGCUCGCUGUCGUUGAGGAGGAGCGCAAAAACGUUCUGCCGGCGAGGCUGAUGACAAUUGGAACUUCCAAGGUUCUUCGUCGCAUCUCCAGCCUUCAGGUCUGUAAACACUUACCUUGCGCAGUCUUCUCAUUUUCUUUCACCACUUCUCAAGAUUUCUUCGCGACAUUCGAGCAAUUGAGGUUUGUUCGUAGCCAUCUGUUCAAGCAACCAUCUGACAAUGCGGGGCUGAAUAAUUCCAUCUUGCUUGCAGAGCAAGUCCUCGAGCCACGUCUCGAAAUGUUGGAAAUCCUCCUUACGCUGGCCGUGAUAGCCUCGACGACCUUCACGGCCAUUCUCUUGAUGCUGCCAACUCGGUAUAUCAAGCACUCUCCACCAAAACCCAAGCUGCGUUCCUCAGAUGAGCCCAAAGUCUCCGUCCAAGUGCUGGUCCUCGGAGACAUUGGUCGUAGUCCACGGAUGCAGUAUCAUGCCAUGAGCAUCGCUAAGAAUGGAGGUAGAGUGGACUUGGUUGGGUAUAUGGAGUCGAAACCUCAUCCAGAAGUCCUUGAUAAUCCAGAUAUUAACAUCGUUCCAUUAUCUCCUCCUCCACCGAUACUUAGAUCCAAAGCGAUUCCUUUCAUCAUUGCAGGUCCUCUCAAGGUCCUCUGGCAAAUUUGGACCAUUUUUUAUACCCUCAGCUACAGUUCGAAACCGGCGAGAUGGCUGCUGGUCCAGAACCCCCCCUCGAUUCCAACCCUCUUUGUCGCGUUUAUCGUCUGUUUUCUACGAAAUACGCAUUUAAUAAUCGACUGGCAUAAUUAUGGAUGGACGAUCCUUGCGGGUACAAGAGGACCACAACACCCAUUUGUCAAGAUUUCAAAAUUCUACGAGUCAAGAUUAGGUAGCUGGGUACCCACAGCCUCCUUUACCGUCACGGAUGCAAUGGCAAAACAGCUUCGAGAGAAGCCUUACAAUGUCAAGUCGCCAAUUUUUACUCUGCACGACAGACCUGCCGCUAUUUUCCAGCCAAUAUCUAAUAGCACGAAGAGGAGAGCUUUCUUGGAAAGAAUUCCUGAAACUAUGGAGCAUUCAGACGCUAUCAUGGACGAUAAGACUCGACUACUUGUCAGCAGCACAUCGUGGACACCUGAUGAAGACUUCAAUUUACUUCUCGAAGCUUUGUGUGAAUACUCCGCAUCUUCUCAGUCGCUUCCGCCGAUUCUUGCAAUAAUCACGGGCAAGGGACCCCAGAAACAAAUGUAUCUUGAUCGAAUCGCAUUGCUGACGAAACAAUCCAAACUGAAAAAUGUUUCCAUCAGUACCGCGUGGCUUAGCACUGAAGAUUAUGCCACUUUGCUUGCUUGCGCGGAUCUCGGAGUCUGUCUACACAUGAGUAGUAGUGGUGUUGACCUCCCAAUGAAAGUUGUCGAUAUGUUCGGAGCUGGUUUGCCUGUUGUUGGAUAUGGAAAUUAUGCCAGUUGGAAUGAACUCGUUCAAGAGGGCGUCAAUGGAUGCGGCUUUGUGACUAGCGACGACCUCGUCCGGACUUUGGAGCGUCUAUUUGGUGAUACCAACGGAAAGGAACUGGCAACCCUCAGAAAGGGAGCAGUCAAAGAAGGUAGUAGGAGGUGGGAUGACGAGUGGAAUGGUGUAGCUGGUCGCCUCCUAGGGCUGUGCGAGUAA